AUGGCUUCGCUGUCGACGAUGGACAUCUCCAUCAUCGAAAAGGAUGAUGGAGUUUACUUCGUGGGUCCUGGGGGCGAAGAGCUCCCCUUCGAGUACGAUCUCAACCGAAUUCCUCCGCAUUUUCAAGCAUACUACCGCAGCCAGGCGACUACCCGAUCCGCAGGAACCGUAGCUCAAGCAGAGGGCGCCUCCACUGACCGAGUUGAUUCCGGUAGUGACAGCGAUCCCAAUGGCCAUGCCUAUGCCGCAUCAGCGGCAGCGGUUUCUUCCGCCGCCUUCCCGGCCCCUAUGGCCCCCAUGGGCCCAGCCGCUGUGGCUCCCGCUGUGGCUCCCGCUGCUGCUCCCGUCGUUGCCGCCGGUCCUGUCGUUGCCGCUGGUCCUGUCGCUGCUGCUGGUCCUGUCGCUGCCCCCGCACAACAAAACAUUCUCGCCCAACUACAGGCGAUCCCACGCCCCGCUAGUAAGGCGCUAUGGAGUUGUCCUAUCUGCGGGUCUACCGCGUGGCCCUGGCGUCGCCAUCUGAUAUCGCACGUUACUGCGUGUGGAUGGGCCAACUGUGGUCAAGUUGGCUUCCGCAACCUCAGAGACACGGUCGAGCACAUCGACCAUGUUCAUGGCAACGGCAACCAGACAUGCCCGUUCCAGUGCGGCAACAACGGCACCUUCCCGAGAUCCGACGUCUAUCAUUUGCACGUAGGCCAUCAUUGUAUCUGGCCCUAA